CGGAGCAGUCGCACAAUCCGUCCGUUGUGAUUCAAAAUUCAAUGAACAGUCGGGAACAUGGUGAGCCGCAUAAUCAGGAUGAGGAAAUGAAUGAUUUGGAUGAUGAUCCGCCUGCUGAUAUGAAUGCACUCUCGUCCGUACCUGUGGCAACACCGUAUGCAGCGGUUGAGAACACCGUGGCUAUUGUUGCGAAUGCUAGCACGGUUCAAGCUUUCGGCAUUGGUGGUCGAGAACCGUGCAGGUAUUGUGGUGCAAAGUUGUGGAAUCAUGAAAAAAAAAUGGACAAAAAUAUGUUGCAGAAAAGGUACGAGACGUUGUCCUCUAUGGGAAUGGUCUCGAGAAGGGUCCCCGGAGCAUGAGAUUCUUUCUAUUUGGACGUCUCACACUCCCGACGGCCGAUUCGUUCGAAACAAUGCGAGGAUAAUCAAUAACAAUUUAUCUCUCGCAUCCUCGCGGUUGAAGCAACCGAGCGAUGGCGUUCAGGGAUUCCAGGGCCAACUUCGGGCUCAGGGUCCGAUCUAUCAUCGUGUCGGUGCAUUGGCUGUGGGGGAAGGGGAACGUCCUCGGUUUGCACAACUUUACUUGCACAAUCCUCACCGUUUGGAUGAUACGAUUGAUCAAAGAGUGGAUUUCCUUAAUUUGCCUGCACACACGUCUGAUGCCGAACUUCACCGAAUGAGACGAAUGUUAAAAAGGUUUCACGAGUUGCUACAACAGCGUAACAACUACGUGAAGGACUUCAUGACCACCGCCGACCUUCCAUCGGGAGCGUUGAAUGGAAGGAAGUUGGUCAUAAAUCCAGAUGCCAUGCCCGAGGAGGAACAUCGGAGGCGUUACAACCGUCCGACGGGCCUACAGGAGGUCUGCGUUCUCAUGGCAGAUGACCUUCUUCCUCGUGAGCUUGAGAUUCGUUUGCAUGCUCCUCUUCCGGGUGAGCGGGCAGCAAUUGUCGUUCCGGAGUACGGUAUAGAAGGAGAGGGAGUGGGAGGAGAUGGAGGACGAGAUGGAGUGGGAGGAGAUGGAGGAGGAGAUGGAGUAGGAGGAGAUAGAGUACGAGAUGGAGGAGAUGGAGUAGGGGAUGGGGGAGGAGAUGGAGUGGGAGGAGGUGGAGUAGGAGAUGGAGUAGAAGAUGGAGUAGGAGACGGAGGCGAUGGAGUAGCAGAUGGAGGAGGAGAUGGAGGAGGAGGAGAUGGAGUAGGAGAUGGAGGAGGAAAUGAAGUAGGAGGAGAUAGAGUAGGAGAUGGAGGAGGAGAUGGAGAAGGAGAUGGAGGAGGAGAUGGAGUGGGAGAUGGGGGAGGAGAUGGAGUACGAGGAGAUGGAGGAGGAGAUAGACAGAUGCGGAGAAGUCGACGUUCUGUAGAGUACAAGCUCAACAGGCGUGCGUCGCCAGUAGUGCAUAGCUACAGACAGUACUCGUGCUUUCACCGCACCACCGUCACCUUUUUUGGAGGUAUGGCAUCCGGCAGCGCACGGCGUAGGGGGGACCCGCUACCACCAUUUGUGCCAGCGCCGCAGCACAAACAGGAUGAAUUGAAGCGCGGUCAUGUGGUGUGGGAGUGGGUCGAGAGGGGCCAGGAGUGGGGGAAGUCAGGCGGGGGCAACUUCCUUAUCCGUUGCCGCCUGUGCGGGGACAUUUUCACGGGAUCUAGGUCUCGUGGAGUUGAGCAUUUUACGAAGCAGAAGACGUAUUGCCCACGCCGGACUGAAGAGAUUUUGUACGGGUUGCAAAGGGUGGGGGUAGUCCUUAGAGAUGCCCUCUCGCGGCGCCUGGCUUCGGAGUACGCGGACAGGGUGGAGGGUGUUAUGGCCGCGGACGACCUCCGUCAUUACAUGGAGGCGGAGGGGGGUGGAGAGGAGGAGGAUACGAGGCCCGGGACACCCUCACGUGCUGGGGGGCGGAUGCAUCGCUCACUGGAGGGGCAGAUGGUGGCGACACAGGUGGGGGGACGAUCAGCCUGGACGACGAUUUGGAUGCAGAUCGUCAGCGUGGUGGCAGGUCACGAGGCGGCACUCAACCUGCGGGUUUUCAGGACGCGCCACCCCGUGCUCUGCAGGGACGACGACUUUUGGAGUGGCGUCAGGACGGUGAUGGACGUCAUGGGUCCCGUUUACAUGUUCCUCAGGGAUGUUGACAGGGACGGCUCAUCACCCACUGGCCUGUGGGAUUUGGAGUCCAUCCUUCGGCGGAAACUUCGUUCACUACAGCUGUCAGACUUCGACAGGGACGCGGUGAUGACCAUCGUGAGGGAUCGGUGCGCGAUGAUGCGGCAGCCUGCUCAUGCAGCUGCUUACCUGUUGGAUCCGCGGCGGCGCGACAUUUCAUUGCUUGAGGACCGCAGCAGGUCUGCUGUGCAGUUGGCGCUAGAGCAUUUCGUUCGCAUUGUCGGAAGGUGGGACACGAAGGCCAUGGAGGAUCUGUGGGAGGCCCUGUGGACUUUCCACAGCGAUGACCCGCGAUAUUGGCCAAAGGAUGCUCAGCACUGGUGGGACCCGUUCGCUACCGCCGACGCGAACAAGAUGCAUCCCUCGACGUGGUGGGGGCUUCACGGUGGCCAGCAGCCCAUUUUGCAGAGCAUUGCGCGGGCAGUGGUGGGCAUGUGGUCCACGGCCAGUCCUUGUGAGAGGAACUGGGCCACCCACGAUUUCGUUCACACGAAAUUGAGGAACCGCCUGUCCGCACAUAGCGUUGAGAAGCUCGUCUUUAUCCAUUGGAACUUGCAGCUCCUCAGUGCGAGCAAGCGGAGGGACAGCAGGUACGUGGACAUCUGGGCGGACCAGGUUGAGGAGGAGGAGGUCGUUUUGGACGAGGACGAUGCCAUCCCUGCAGAUGUGCCGGAGGAGGAGGCCGAGGCGAUCGAGAGGCGUAACAGGAAGAAGGAGGGUCGCAAUCGAGAUGGGAAGGGCAAGGCACCGGCACUGGACUCGGAGGACUCGGAGGACGGCAUUUUUGAUGACCUCGUGUGGAUGCACCAGGGGAUUAGGAACGAGGCAGAGGCACAGACGGGUGCUGGGAUGAUUCUUCCAGAGGACCAGCACGACUUGCUGGACGAGUGGGGUGGACACGAUCCGCACGACGACUUCGACGCCUACGUUGGUGGCACCAUGCAUACCGUGGUGUCCAUGCGCAAGAGGGUUGGCGGCGGGGUUGAUAUGGAGGAGUUGCUGGCCCGUGAUAUGCGGACAGAGGAGGAGGAGGCGAUGCAGGAUCCGACAUGGACGCAGGAGGUUCCAGUUUCAAUGAGUCCACGUACAUUGGUGCAGUCGUGUGAGCAGCGCGUGGAGGAGAGGGUGGACCCCGGAGCACCAUCGACCUUACAGCACGAGCCCCUCGAGUGGCGACAUCGACCGAGAGUUGAGCAGCGGGUGGAGCAAACGCUGGAUCGUACAGUGCACAGUACAGCGGAUGACAGGUCGGAGUGUAAGGUAGAGUUGAGAGUUGAGAAGAGAGCGGAGCAGAGGGUGGAGCGUAGGGUUGAUGAAAGGGUGGAGCAGCGGAUGGACCAGAGGAUGAGGGACGUGGUAGAGGUUACAGUUGAUGUGACCUUGGACCAGGCCGGGGAUCGAGGGAGGGAGGAGAGUGCUAGUGGACGGCCGGGUGAUUGCCACUCUGGCGAGAGCGUCAUCCGCGACGAUGUGACAUGCGGGCGCACGAACCAGAGGUUGCACAGGGGUGGUGCUGCUGGAGAUCGACCUAGUUUGGAUGGGAUUCGCAGAGAUAGAGGCGAUAAAGCCGAACCGGUGGGCGAGAUCAUCUGGGAUCAACGCCGGGGGCGCGGACCGCAGGCAAAUUUUAUCUUGGAAAACGACGGACGUGAUAGGGUGAACGCGACUACUCGGCUAGGGACGACUGGGAGAAGGAUUAACCGCAACACCGUGAUGGAGGAGGUUGUUGGAAGUUCGGAACCCCAGGCAGAGUCUGAGGCCGAGGAACCGGAAAAAGUCUAUGGGAAACCUAGGGAAGAGGAGCCUGCCGACAAAGUUACCGCUGCCAAGAAGAAGUUUAGGUACCAAAUCCCGAUUUUAUCCUUGCCAGAAAUCGACGACACCAUUAGCAAGUUACUAGGAACCAUGGUGUCGGUGUCUUUUCAGACUAUGCUGCAGGCUAGCCCUAGGUUGCUCAAAGGGCUUAGACAACUGUUGACCCGCCGGCGAGUAGAAAUAGGCAACAACCCCGAAUUACCAGAAGGGGAGAGGGAGGAGGAAGUUCCGCAAGAAGUGGCUAACCUGCAAAGGAGUCGCGGGGACUUCGAGGAUCUCGAGAAGGCCUUUGCAGACAUUCGUUUGAGCUUGCCCGACCGAGAGGGCGGCGAAGUCAUGAGAUCGCCACCCGGGACGAAGCUUAGCUUUCAUGCGCUACCCGUAGGGAAAUUGAAAAUCCAGAUCGGGAAUCAUCACACCGACGCAUUAGUAGACGGGGGAGCAGAAAUCACUCUCAUAAGGAAAGAUUUUGCAACGAUCACGGGAUGUACGGUAAACAAGGAAGUAACAAGGAGCAUCCGGGGAGAUGACAUGAAAAUCCCGUUCACUGGGUACGUCACGAAGUGUGCUGUGAAGGCAGGGGUCAGGGAAUCGAUCUGGUCGUUUCAGCGGAUGACCGUAAUGGAGGAAAUGGACCACGACAUAAUCCUCGGGAGACCAUGGUGCGCGAACGUAGAGAUGAUAGGCAUGCACUUGCACGAUGGCUCGUACAUGGUAGACAUAGAGGACCCUGUGACCGGCCGGGGAGAGCUCAUUUGACUCCUUGGAACGGGAGGAGACCCCCCGAAGGGAAAAUUGGCAACAUGGUCGCCGUGGUUCGAGGAUAACACCCAGAAAGGGGCUUUCGCACGG